ACAGAUUGGGUAACAUCCAGCAUAAACGCGACUUUCCUUCCCCGUCACCUCUGGUCACAAAACGGGACAUCCUGAAGCGGAGGUGCCGUGGUUAACGCCAUGAGACCAUCCAAAUACUAAUGUGAUGGGGUGUUGAUGGAGAGGAUUUCGAAUGUCAGCCGGGACAGUGGUCAUCGCAGGAGGAAUUUUGGCUACAGUCAUCUUACUGACGAUCGUCGCUGUGCUGUGUUUAUGUAGGUUGCAGUAUUACUGCUGUAAGAGGGAGGAGUCUGAGAAGGGGGAAGAGGAGGAACCUGAGCUCGCCACCAUGUCGCCGUCUCGCCCACUGGCUCUGUCGGCUCCUCCUACACCUCCGACGCCAGAACAAUACAGUGACGAGCCCGAGACGUACCCUCCCACUUUCCUCACUGAAGCCAACGGCCCCGUCAGCUACUCACCUCCGCCUCCGCCGCCACGCAGGUGCUAUCGCUCGCACGCCUUCUGCCCUUCCUGUGCCCGCUGCUCACUGCCCUUCUACUUGCAGCACCCAGAGAGGCUGUGCAAUGGCGGUCGCAGGAUCAGCUACAGGACUGUGCAGCAGCAGGACAUGGAGUUGCCCAUGGAUUUGGCCAGCUUCUACCAGAAGCUGAACCUCAUCCGCCAGGUCACCAUGAAGGAAGUAGUCACCCACAGCGUCAGCACCGACGUUUAGGAAAGCAGCACCGCUGAUUUAAACGACUCGAUACACAUUCAAUUAUUUCAGCACUGUGCUGUCAGUGUUAUACUGAUAAAUGGCUUUUAGACAAAACUUCAGGGCAGCGAUGAUGGAAGUCUGCAACGCUAAAGCAAAAAGGUGAAUGCAUCACUGAAACACACGAAGGGACUAAUUUCAAAAACUGCUCCUUUUAUUUGCUGAAUAGCUAGGUAAGUAGCUACUCAACAUAUCUGCCGUCAAAGCAUAAACAAGAAUCGACAUUAAAAAAUAUUUGUAAUGUGAGUUUUUUUCAGUAACUUCAACACAGAUUUCAUUUGUUUAAAUGCACCACACCAGUGCGAACAGCGGAGGUAAGAGAAGUAAGUCUGUUUGUGUGGAUAUUAAAGCUAAUGUCAGACCAAAACAAGCAAAUAUUAUGUGUGAGUGUAUCGAAGCCUGCUCUCUCUGUCCCACAGAGCUCCACUGUUGUUCCUAAAAUAGUUAAAUAUCUCACUGUUGACCUCGGUGUUCUUUCAUUAGCAUGAAUGCAAACAUUGUAGCUUACGUAGGCCUAGCCCCGCACACACCGUCC